UCAUGUGUUGUGUGUGUUGUGGUUUGGUGAUAUAACUUAAAUUUGACAAAGUCGGAAUCACUACCUUAAAUAAAAGAAAAUGACUUCACCAUUCCCGCCAAAAUUCACAUAUCCAUUCAAGCGACCUUGGUUACAGAACUAUGGAGCUGCUGCCCCAGCUGAUGGAAACAUCGGGCUCAAAGGAAUUGUAGCUGGUGGUAUUACUGGCGGUAUAGAAAUAUGUAUUACCUUUCCCACUGAGUACGUAAAAACGCAGCUUCAAUUAGACGAAAAAGGAGACAAAAAAAAGUACAAUGGUAUAGCGGAUUGUGUAAAGAAAACUGUGAAAGGCCACGGUUUCUUCGGUCUCUACAGAGGACUUAGCGUAUUGUUGUAUGGUUCGAUACCAAAAAGCGCUGUAAGAUUCGGUUCCUUUGAAACGUUUAAGAGCCAGAUGACAAAGGCGGACGGUACACUCAGUCCUUCUGGAAGAUUAUUAUGCGGUUUGGGGGCUGGCGUGUGUGAAGCCAUUUUCGCAGUGACGCCCAUGGAAACCGUCAAAGUUAAAUUCAUUAACGAUCAGCGAUCGCAGAAUCCAAGGUUUAAGGGAUUUUUCCAUGGAGUAGGGAUAAUUGUUAAAGAACAAGGUUUUGGAGGCGUGUAUAAAGGCGUAACAGCGACCAUAAUGAAACAAGGUUCCAAUCAGGCUAUUAGAUUUUUCGUUAUGGAAACGUUGAAAGAUGCUUAUAAAGGUGGCGAUAAGGAUAAGAAGGUUCCUAAAAUGGUUGUAGGUGCAUUCGGUGCCGUUGCAGGUGCGGCCUCAGUAUACGGGAAUACCCCAAUAGACGUAGUAAAAACCCGGAUGCAAGGUCUGGAAGCGUCCAAAUACAAAAACACUUUAGACUGCGCCGUGCAGAUAUUCAAAAACGAGGGCCCGGCCGCUUUCUACAAAGGCACCGUACCCAGAUUGGGCAGGGUGUGCUUAGACGUCGCCAUUACGUUCAUGAUUUACGAUUCGUUCAUGGAACUGUUCAAUAAGAUUUGGUAGGGUAACGGAUUCGGGCAAUUGGAUCAAUCUGAAGAGGUGUGAUGGACCGAAAAUAAAUAAAAGUAGAAAUGACAAAACAUAAGAGUAUAUUUAUAUAUGUUGUAUGCUAGUUUAUUUGGUAUAAAUUUUUAUUUUAAACGUUUUUAAGAGAUAGUUUUUGAAAUAAUUUCAAAAAAAAAUAUGGGUGCAUUUUAUAUUUUAGACGACAUUGCAUUCCAUACUGCAUUUAUCUCUGUAUGUAAUUAGAACUGCCAAAAUGUAUAACUAUUUUUAUAUUUUUCGCGAAAUUAUGUAAUAAUCGUCUUUUUAACGUGUCUAUUUACAGGUUGGCCCCUUUUUUAAAAUAUAUUUCUAUCAGUGGCCGCCCUGUAUAUUUAUUUUAUAUAUUUUUUCAUUUUACAGUAUGACAUCGUUGUGUAAUUUUAUUUUUUUCGGUGUGGUUGGUUGUUUUUAACUUAGCUAUAUGUAUUUUAUUAAAAUUGUUACAAUUUUUUGUUAUUGAUUUUAAAUAUUUAUGUGAGUAUUUUUUUGUUAUAUACAAACUAUGAGAAAUAAAAGUUUCAAUAGUGCGAUCUUGUUUCCCUUAUCCAUAACCCUAACAGUUUCUUAUUACGGAAACAAUAAAAUAAAUCAAAGUUCCAUUGAGAACAUGUAAUCGUUUUGUUGUGAAGAUCAUUUUGAGGUGAGUUAAUUUUAAAUUAAUUACUAAAGUAGUAUUUUUAGUCGUACUAGUACACAUGCUUACUUACAGGGUUUG